CUGACCUCUCCAACUGUAAUUAACGGCUGAUUGGAGUUUUGCCGAGAUUCCGUUUUAGUCAUCAUAUUUACUUAAUUGCGGCGUGUACUUAUGAAAGAUAUUUAAAAAGAAAAACAACAUACAUACAUUGCAAAAUAAUUGACGACGUUUUAACCGAAUGUAAAGAUGCUUCAAAUAAUUACAGCCUGUGCGAUUUUGGUUUUUAGUGUAAAUUUGGCAAAUGCGCAAUUUUAUUUUCCCAAUGAGGCUAACCAAGUGCCCAACUAUGGCCGCUGCAUUACGCCCAACCGGGAGCGUGCGCUCUGCAUCCAUCUCGAGGAUUGCAAGUAUCUAUAUGGAGUACUGACAACGACACCCCUGCGGGACGCCGACAAACUAUAUCUUAGCCGCAGCCAGUGUGGCUAUUUUAAUCAGAAGGUUCUGAUUUGCUGUCCGGAUCGUUAUCGGGAUAGCACGCCGGCAACUACAGCACGACCGCCCGCAAAUAAGACGAACACAAACUUAUUACCUCUACCGGGCCAGUGCGGAAAUAUACUAUCGAAUCGCAUUUAUGGCGGCGUCAAGACAAAGAUCGACGAGUUUCCCUGGAUGGCGCUGAUCGAGUACACCAAAGGCAGCGGCAACAAAGGUCACCAUUGCGGUGGCUCACUGAUCAGCACUCGGUACGUGGUGACAGCAUCGCAUUGUGUCAAUGGUAGAUCCCUGCCUGCCGACUGGCGUCUAACCGGCGUGCGUCUAGGCGAGUGGGACACUGCCACCGAUCCGGAUUGUGAAGUCGACGUGCGCGGCAUGAAGGACUGCGCGCCACCGCAUAUGGAUGUGCCGGUGGAACGCGCUAUACCACAUCCCUCGUAUGAUCCAGGCUCCAAGAAUCAAGUGAACGAUAUAGCCCUGCUGCGCAUGGCACGCCAAAUCGAGUACACCGACUUUGUGCGUCCCAUUUGCUUGCCGUUGGACACGAAUCUGCGUUCAGCUACAUUCGAUGGCAUCUCAAUGGAUGUAGCCGGCUGGGGUAAAACAGAAGAGUUAUCGGCUAGCAAUUUGAAGCUAAAGGCCGCUGUGGAUGGCUUCACCCUGGAAGAAUGCCAGUCCGUCUAUAGUCGCCAGAGCAUUGUGCUCGAGAAUACGCAAAUGUGCGCCGGCGGCAUGGAGGGUGUAGAUUCGUGUCGCGGCGACUCUGGCGGCCCGCUUAUUGGCCUGGACACAAACAAAGUGAACACUUACUAUUUUCUGGCAGGCGUUGUUUCAUUUGGGCCCACGCCAUGUGGCUUAAACGGCUGGCCAGGCGUAUACAGUCGAGUUGGGGCUUAUGUGGACUGGAUUCAGUCUACGCUGGAGCAAUGAAAAUAUUUCAAUAGCUUAAAUUUAGUUGUUAUUAAAGACAAGCGGAAGUCAAGGGUAAGACCAUGCCGAAAAAUAAUAA